AGAGUAUAACGUGCCUCUCAGGCUUUGUGCUAAGGGCAGUGGAAAAGCCUUCAAGAAGUCGGCCGAGGAAGUACCGUGAUCUGAUAUAUGGCCCUAAAGGGUUCUAAGGAAAGGGAAGAUGCGUUACUGCGUCUAUGCGCAGAGAGUAGAUUGCAGGCGUGCAGAGACUGUCAGGAAGCGCCUGCAGUGCUCCACAGUGGCUCCCGUUCAGGUUUUGGCAGUGACGUUGGAGAGAAGCGGCCAGCUUGAUGGCUCAACCCCUAGUGCUUUUUGCACGGCCCUGAUGUGAGAGCGAGCGAGCGCAGCCAAGAUUUGACCAUAUUCAUCUCCUGAGCACCUGAUCCUCCUCGGAGCUCCUGCUCACAGCUUGUGUCUUGAUGAUGGAUGUGGAGGAGGAGGAUUUGUCUCUGCUGACCGCCCUGCUGGAGGAGAACCAGUCAGCCUCGACCUGUCAUUCGGAAGCUGGGAGCUGCUCGCCCCCGGAGGAGGGUGGACCCGACGCCUAUGACGAGCUCUUCGACGCCGAUGGUGACGGUGAAUCGUACACAGAAGAGGCUGAGGAUGGGGACGUAGGAACCGCGGGGGUCCAGAAGGAAAACGUGGCCACCCUCUUUGGAGAUGUGGGGGACUUAACAGAUGAAGAAGUUCCGGAAUCGCAGCCAGCUGAAAAGAGCGCCCUCCCUGCUUCGGCCCCUAAUCGGGAGAAAACCAAUCAGGAGCUGCAAGAUGAAUUAAGGAAGUUGCAAGAGCAAAUGAAGUCCUUACAAGAACAGCUAAAAGCAGCGUCGAUUAAACAGCCUGAAAGUCCAGGCUCUCUGCGUAAAUCCCCUGAAAGUAGGACCACACGGCCCCCACUUAAGGAGAAGAAAGUUCAGAGAAUUCAGGAGUCGGCGUGCUUUUCUGCAGAGCUUGAUGUCCCUGCUCUGCCCAAGACCAAGCAGGUGGCUCGGAGGCCAAAGCCUUCUCCAGGACCUAAAAGCUCAUCUUCAGGGAUGACAAAUGCACCCUCCCAACCACUCCAGACUGUUCCUGGGGAAAAACACAGUGGGGUGACUAGAGAUCGGGGCUCGGGGAGCCCGGGGAGCUUGGGGGAGCCAGCUCAGCAGGUCUCCAUGGAAGCCUUCUCCGGCCUGCGGCUCAGGCGGCCUCGAGUGUCCUCCACAGAAAUGAGCAAGAAAAUGGUUGGCCGAAAACUGAUCAGAUUGUCUCAGGUCAAGGAAAAGAUGGCAAUGGAGAAGCUGGAAGAAAUGGACUGGGUGACGUUUGGGGUUAUUUUGAAGAAAGUCACCCCCCAGAGUACUCAUAGUGGAAAAACAUUUAGCAUCUGGCGAUUGAAUGAUCUUCGGGACCUGACAAGUUAUGUGUCGCUGUUCUUGUUUGGAGAAGUUCACAAAGAACUCUGGAAGACAGAGCAAGGCACUGUCGUGGGCUUGCUCAACGCCAACCCCAUGAAGCCCAAGGACGGUUCAGAGGAGGUGUGCUUGUCCAUCGAUCACCCUCAGAAGGUCUUAAUCAUGGGCGAAGCUCUUGACCUGGGAACCUGUAAAGCCAGGAAGAAGAAUGGGGAGCCAUGUACACAGACUGUCAAUCUGCACGACUGCGAGUACUGCCAGUACCACGUCCAGGCGCAGUACCGGAAGCUCAGCGCCAGGCGGGCCGAUCUGCAGUCCACUUUCUCGGGAGGACGAAUUCCGAAGAAGUUUGCCCGCAAAGGCCCCAGCCUGAAGGAGCGGCUGUGUCAGGACGGUUUUUACUACGGAGGAAUUUCCUCCCAGUCUUACGCGGCCUCCAUUGCAGUGGCUGUUGCUCCCAAAAAGAAGAUUCAGACCACUCUGACCAACCUGGUUGUGAAAGGCACCAACUCCAUCAUUCAGGAAGCACGGCAAAAACUCGGAAUACCACAGAAGAGCUUGUCUUGCUCCGAGGAGUUCAGGGAACUGAUGGACCUGCCAACAUUUGGAGCCAGAAACUUGAAACAUUUAGCCAAAGCCAGGACUUCAGGGACCCCGGGGAGCCCACAGCCUGCCAUUCAGUCUGUCUCAGCAUCAGCCCUCCUGAAGCAGCAGAAGCAGCAGAUGUUGGAGAUGAGGAAGAGGAAAUCCGAAGAAAUACAGCGACGAUUUCUCCAAAGCUCAAAUGAAGUUAGGAAGCCAGAGGUGCCAAGCUCAUCCCGACAGCUGCCUGCCCAGUCUCCGCGAACUGGCGCUGAGUUCCCCGCACCGGAAGGAACCACCACCCCACGGAUGCCCAAGCUGGGCCGUGGUGUCACGGAAGGGGACGAUGUUCUGUUCUUUGAUGAGGCUCCACCACCAAGACCAAAGCUGAGUGCGCUAGCAGAAGCUAAAAAGUUAGCUGCUGUUGCCAAAUUAAGGGCAAAAGGCCAAAUUCUUACAAAAACAAAUCCGAACAACAUGACAAGGGAGCAGAAGAACCCACAGGAUGUACAGGAAGUAAAAGAACGAGUAGAAAAGAACAACACCUGUUCUCCUGAAGCUGAGGAUGAGUUAGAGCCUGCAAAGAAAAAGAGGAGAGAGCAGCUUGCCUACCUGGAGUCUGAGGAAUUUCAGAACAUUCUGAAAGCGCAGUCAAAGCACACAGGCAUCCUGAAGGAGGCUGAGGCUGAGCUCCAAGAACGCUAUUUUGAGCUACUGGUAAAAAAAGAACAAAUGGAAGAAAAGAUGAGAAACAUCAGAGAAGUGAAAUGUCGCGUGGUGACCUGUAAGACGUGCGCCUACACCCACUUCAAGCCUUUGGAGACCUGCGUCAGUGAGCAGCAUGACUACCACUGGCACGAUGGCCUGAAGAGGUUUUUCAAGUGUCCCUGCGGAAACAGAAGCAUCUCUCUUGACCGGCUCCCCCAAAAGCACUGCAGUAACUGUGGCCUCUACAAAUGGGAGCGGGAUGGAAUGCUAAAGGAAAAGACUGGUCCAAAGAUAGGAGGAGAAACCCUGUUACCGAGAGGAGAAGAACAUGGCAAAUUUCUAAACAGCCUUAAAUGAGCCUACCUGCCGACACUGUCCCACAGUCUACCUUGAUUCCUGGAUGGGAAAAGCAAGGGAUCGGCUCUGGCGUGCCCAUAUUCCUGACCACCACCUCCCGAAACAAGUGCUCGUUAAGCCCGUAACUCCACCUCUGCUUCCUCCACUACGUUUGAUACCAACUUUAACGCUGGCGCGCAGGUGGAAAAUCAAGAUACCAUGGCCUUUCCUGUUCUUCCUACAGAUGACUGACUACCUUACCGCAUUCACAGAGUUUGGCCGGAAUACCAGAAGGAGAAAGGCAGCCGGGGUCUCUUGGAUAUAGAGCGUGCGUUCCUUGCUCACAAUAAAGUGACACCCAGAGCCAAAAGCAUUAAUUUAGCUUAAUUCUCACCCUUAGUUAGGUUAACUUCUGGUCUUUGUUUUGUUUUGUAUAAACUGAGGAAGAUCAGACCAAAUGAUCUUGAAAUGUAUCUUUCAGCCCUGAAAUUCUACUGAUAUAACUUAUUUCCAUCUGCAGAUACAUUUCUACUAUGAUCACUGCCCUCACUAUUAUGUUGAGAUACUGAUAUCAGGAGCUAGGUUCCUUCUUUCUGUCCUGUUAUCUCAGUUUUGCUCUUUGAAAUUGAUCAAGUCACUAAACAACAUUGCCCGUAUUUAUUUAUAUAUAAAGAGGAGUCUCUGCUCUUAUAAUAUUGUAGACCUCUAAUGCACAAACCUAAAAUCUCAUUAUUUGUACAAAUGAAUUUAUUUCAACAUGACAUAAAGAAACUUUGACACCUCUAACCAAAACAGGUACAAAAUUUAACAUGCUGUGAAACAUGCUGUUAAACUCAGAAACUACAAAGACAGCAUCUCAUGGAGUUUGGGGGUUGCAGAUGUAGUUUAUUAUAUACAGCAGGAAUUUUGAAGGUCAAACACAAUGGAAAUUAAAUCAAUAAAAAUUUAUAGGAGA